AUAGACUUGAAAAUGGACCUUCUUUUUUUCCCACUUUAAAAAGCAAUUUCCCCUUUUUUUUCAAUAUGAAAAUAGCUCUGAAUAAAAAAAUAAGGAUUUUUUUUUGUUAAUUUCAAUUUCGAUUUUCCAUUAAAGCUUAAGCUAUGAUUCUUCGAGGAGUUAUUAGCUCUCACUAUUCGCUUCUUCUUCUUCUAAUUGGCUUUCUAGUAGUUUCUUCUUCAAUAACCAGAGUUCUCAGUUGGGGUGUUAUUCAUGUUAAAUACAAAUUCGCUGGCAGUCAACGUUCGAUCGUUGACUUAAAAGUCCACGACAGCGUUCGUCAAGUCCGGAUCCUCGCUGGUGUUGAUCUUCCCUUGGGUGGUUCCGGUCGACCCGACGGUCUUGGGCUUUAUUAUGCUAGAAUAGGGAUAGGAACACCUUCAAAGGAUUACUAUGUGCAAGUAGAUACGGGAAGUGAUAUAAUGUGGGUUAAUUGUAUUCAAUGUAAAGAAUGCCCCAGAAGAAGCUCUCUUGGUAUGGAUCUUACUUUGUACAAUAUUGAGGACUCUGCCACUGGCAAGUUGGUUUCAUGUGAUCAAGAUUUUUGUUAUGCCAUAAAUGGAGGUCCACUGGCUGGUUGUACGGCUAAUAUGUCUUGUCCCUAUCUUGAGAUAUAUGGAGAUGGGAGUUCCACUGCUGGAUACUUUGUAAAUGACAUUGUGCUAUAUGAUCGAGUGUCUGGUGAUUUGAAGACCUCAUCUGCAAAUGGAAGUGUUAUUUUUGGGUGUGGUGCUACACAAUCAGGGAAUCUAGGUUCAUCUAAUGAAGAAUCACUUGAUGGAAUACUUGGUUUUGGAAAAGCUAAUUCAUCAAUGAUUUCCCAGCUUGCUUCAUCUGGAAAAGUGAAAAAUAUGUUUGCUCACUGCUUAGAUGGGGUUAAUGGAGGCGGUAUCUUUGCUAUUGGGCAUGUUGUGCGACCAAAAGUUAAUAUGACCCCAUUGGUACCAAAUCAGCCACAUUACAAUGUCAAUAUGACAGCAGUUCAAGUUGGUCAUGAUUUCCUAAGUUUUACGCCAGAUAUUUUCGAUUCAGGAGACCGACAAGGGGUAAUAAUAGACAGUGGAACAACCUUAGCUUAUCUCCCAGAAAUGGUUUAUGAACCAUUAGUUAGUAAGAUACUUUCUCGGCAGCCUGAUUUGAAGCUUCAAACUAUUCAUGAUGAAUAUACAUGUUUUCAGUACUCUAAGAGUCUUGAUCAGGCAUUUCCAAAUGUCACUUUUCAUUUUGAAAAUUCAGUUACUCUGAAGGUUUAUCCACAUGAGUACCUAUUCCCCUAUAAUGGGUUGUGGUGCAUUGGAUGGCAAAACAGUGGAAUGCAAUCCAGGGAUCGAAAGAAUAUGACCCUUUUGGGAGAUUUAGUGCUUUCGAACAAGCUGGUUUUGUAUGAUUUGGAAAAUCAGACCAUUGGAUGGACUGAGUACAAUUGUUCUUCAAGCAUACAAGUGCUGGACGAAAGGACCGGAACUGUGCAUUUAGUAGGUUCCCAAAACAUUUCUUCUGCUUGCCAUUUGAAUGCCUGGUCUAUUACGGUUUUGAUCUUGUUAGCUACGUUACUGCACUUUUUGGGCUGCUAGUAAAUCUGUAGACAAUACGAAAAAAAGGUAACAAUCAAUUUAAAGAUAAAAGAAAUCAAAUAUAAAAUAGAAAUCAAGACAUUCAUCUUGAUAUAGUUUGUUGAAAUGAUAGAAUAGAAUAGAUAACUUGUACAUCUCUACAUGUAUCCAUUCAUAGCAUAGCAAUAAACUGGGAUUAAAAAAAAAUUGUAAGACAACCACUAUUGUUCUAUAUUUUUUGCCUUGCCUGGUGAAUAUGUGGAAAUACAGGAAAUUAACCAGGUUCA